ACAAUGAUUUUUGAGCAGGCGAACUCAACGGUCCUCUGUUUCCUGCCUGUAUCCGGGUCCUGUAUGGAAGCCCGUGCGAGGCUGUCCCGGAGACCCCGCGCUGCCUGCACCUCUAUCGUCUCGGUUGACAUGGACGAUGAAGAUGGCAGGUGCCUGCUAGAUGUCAUUUGUGACCCAGAAGCACUCAACGAUUUUCUUCAUGGAUCAGAGAUACAUCUGGACACUGACGACCUUUUGGAUGGCUCUAACGACCCCUCCAGCUCGUUCUUCUCUUCUGUUGGGUGCCACGUUCCAGAGGUCCCACCCCCAGUCCAGCUGUCGUCCAAUGAGCAGCAAGGCCUGCCCCGGGUCAGCGUGGACCUGGACUUCCUGGAAGAUGAUGUCAUCCUGGACGGGUCGCCGGGCGACGACGGUAGCAACGCGAUGGAGCCAUGCGACAUCCUGCAGCAGAGCCUGGCGGAGGCGAACAUUACAGAGCAGAGCCUGCAGGAGGCCGAGGCAGAGCUGGACCUGGGCUCCUUCGACCUCACCAUGCCAGGUCUGACUCAGGUGGUCCAGACCCUGCCCUGUACAGACAGCCUGACUGGGUCUGGAGGGACCGCUGCGGGGGUGGGGCUCCCCAUCUUCCCUGGAGCUCCAGGCUCCUCCGCCACCCCUCCCCAGGCCACAGCUGACAUGCUGGGCUCGGUGCUGGCCCAACAGGGCCUGGAGUUUGGGCCCCAGGUCAUGAACAAGGCCCAGGCCAUCAGUAUGCAGCCUUUCAUGCAGCAGGUGGCAGGCCUGGGUAACGUCACCCUUCAGCCAAUCGCCUCCCUCCAGGCCCUACCUAACGGCUGUCAGUCAGGACACCUGGGGCUGGGACUGGGGCAGAUACAGGUGAUGGGCCAGCCCACUGUGAUGACUAUGAACCAAUCAGGACAGUCCAUCCUGGCCAAGGGUAUGGGAGGAUACCAGCUGCACCAGCCUGGCCCCGAGGCACAGGGGGCAGGUGGGCAGGGUGGACUUGGAGGAGGACUUCUGAUCCAAGGGGGAAAAGCCACUCUGGGACCUCCUGCUUUAAACGGACCAGCGGUGUGCGGUACCACAGGAACCUUGGUUGGGUUCAGUAGCCCCGGACUGGCACAACAUGGGCAGAACCAUCCCCAAGGACAGAUCAUGCAGAACUUGAUCGUCCAGCGAACUCCGACCCCCAUCCAACCCAAACCCCCUCAGGGUGGCGCAGCCAUCCAGCCCAAACUGUUUAAGCAGCAGCAGGCCCAGCCACACGCCUUCCAGAAUGAAGCCAACAAGGCUCUAGGGGUGCAGCAUGUCCCUGUCUCCGCUGCCCAGAAUGUAGCCUUCCUGACAGGCAAGCCUGGCGCCAACGUGGUCCUGACCUCCCAGGCAGGGCUUCCCCAACAGGCUCUGUUCAAACAGCAGACAGCCCACCACCCCUCUGGGAAAGCUCUCAGUGUCCACCUGCUCAACCAGCCCGGCAGCAUCAUGCUGGGGGGCCAGAACCACCAGUUCCUCCUGCCACAGCAGCUAGCCGGGGGUCAGAUCCUCACGCAGCACCCUGGGGGCCACAUCAUCACCUCCCAGGGGCCUGGGGGCCAACUGAUAGCCAAUCAGAUCCUGGCUCAGCACCAGAACAUCAACCUGGGCCAGGUGCUGAUGUCUCAGGGCCACAUCCAGCUGCAGCCGGGUCAGAUGGGUGUGGGACAUCAGCUUUUCCAGAUGCCUGUUACCCUCUCCCAGAGCCAGACCCACCCGGUCACGGGCCACCAGGCCCACACGGUGAUCCAGGGCAUGCCCCUGCAGAACUCCCUGGCCAUGCUGAGCCAGGUGGAGGGGGUGAGUCCUGCUGUCAGCCUGCAGCCCGCUCUGCAACCGCAGCCGGGGGGCGUUCCCAGCAGUGGGAUGGGCGGGGCAGCUGCCAUGGCACAGGGCCAGCCUGGGGAGAGUGGGAGCUGUACAGACCAGGCAGCCCAUCCUGGACAACCCCCCCAGCACUCCUCCAUCCUUUCUAUGCAGGCUGGGCCCUCUGUCUCUGUGGCUGUCUCUGUCCCCUCCUUAUCUCCAUCCUUAUCUGUGUCCUCCACGUCAGCCCAGCAGCAACACAGCCCCGGGAGCAGGGUGCUCUUCACAGGGCCACAGGGCUCCAGCAUGAUCCUCAGCCAGGAACACCUCCAGAUGUUUCUCCAGCAGGACCAGCGACAGACAGAGAAUGACCCCGCCCCCUCUGUCUCAGUGGGCGUGCCAGCGUCCGUUAUCGUCAGCAGCAACAGCAGCUCUGGCAACACACCCUCGGGUCUUGACAGCCAAUUAGCUGAGGCAGCAGUGGUAAACCAGAUGCCCCAGGCGGCUGGACAGCAGUUGAAGCUCCAGAGCCUGUCCCCCUCCCAGCCCCUGGCCUCCCACACUGCUCCCCCUCUGUCGGACAGCCCUCAGCCCUCCCCCUUCCCCCUGCAGUCCCCCCUCCACCAUGGCCAGUCCCGCACCCCCUCCCAGCCACAGACCCCUGUCCGCUCCUGCACCCCCUCAUCUCUUCCCUCAAUGUUCAUUAUCCACAACCAGAUCCCUGGCUCCCCCCAGCCUGCACAACAACAACAACAACAACAACAACAACAACAACAACAACAACAACAACAACAACAGCAGCAACAGCAACAACAACAACAACAACAACAACAACAACAACAACAACAACAACAACAACAACAACAACAACAACAACAACAACAACAACAACAGCAGCAACAGAUGCACAUCCAGUCCCGGCCCCCCUCCCAGCCUGCUCCCUACCAACCUGACGUCCCCCCUCCCACCUGCUCCCCCAAACCCUCCCAGACUCUCCAGGGCCCUCCUGCAGGGUUCCAAUUUACGGUGCCCGAGGUGGGGGCCCCCGGCGGUGGAGUGGUGAAGACCCAGGCUCAGCCCAUCGCUCAGCCCAUCGCUCAGCCCAUCGCUCAGCCCAUCGCUCAGCCCAUCGCUCAGCCCAUCACUCAGCCCAUCGCUCAGCCCUCUCCUCAACAGAAACUACAGCAGGUCCAACAGAACAUUUUACUACAGGCCAAACAACAGCAGCACAGCCAACCCCAAACUCCACCCCAACAACAAGCCCAGUCCAGCUCACAGCAAGAUGUGCCUGCUCUUCUGAUCCCACAACAGGCCCAGUCCAGCUCACAGCAAGAUGUGCCUGCUCUUCUGAUCCCACAACAGGCCCAGUCCAGCUCACAGCAGGCGUCUGUGCUGGUCAAGACUCCUGCCACAGCAUCCAAUGACGUGCAGGUGUUCUCAGGAGUGCAGGGUCAAGGUGGAGUUGAGGUGAACCAUGGGGGCGUGGCUCCAGCUAGUUUUAGCCAGUCAGCACAUCCGCCUGGUCAACAGUCACUACACCAGUCUGUGCAGUCAAAGACUGAAGGACUGAUCGGUCAGAUGGGGGUGAGGAGCCUGGGGAUGAUCCAGGUGAUCGGGUCAGGUCUGGGUCAGAUGACGUCAACACAGCAGCACACCCCUGGUCUGGUCUCGCUACAAACACAGACUGCUACUAUGAAGAUGCCUUUCAGUAUUGCUGAACCCAGCAAGGAAGCCAGGAUGUUGGAGCAGCUGAGGAAGCAGCAGGGUUCAGUCCUCCACCCAGACUACAGCUCUUCCUUCCAGUGUUUUGAAGACACCCUGACCCGCCUGGUGCCUUACCACCUCUACCAGGGCACCGCCACCGCACCACACGACUACCACAGAGGUACACACACCCUGACCCGCCUGGUGCCCUACCACCUCUACCAGGGCACUGCCACCCCACCACACGACUACCACAGAGUGGAUGAUGAGUUUGAGAGUGUUUCCAGCCAGCUCCUGAAGAGAACGCAGGCCAUGCUGGAUAAAUACAGACACCUGCUUUUUGAGGAGUCAACGCGCCUUGGCCCGUCAGCUGAGAUGGUAAUGAUGGACAGGAUGUUUAUUCAGGAGGAGAAGAUCUCUCUGGGACAGGACCGUAUCCUCGCCAGGGACAGACCUGAGGAGUACGUUGCCAACUCGAAGAUGCUGGAGCAGGAGAGUGUAGCUGCCAGGGUGCCCCAGUCUUUUGUGUCUGCUGAGCCCAGCGUCGUGUGGAGUCGUGUAUCUGUGGCAGGGACAGAUAAAGGUCCUACCCCCAUCACAGCCUCAACACCGGCCCACUUCCCCUCCACCAAGCUGGUGAUAAAGCAGGGAGGAGCGGGGGCGUCUGCCUCCUGGUCCAGCUCCCCAGCUCCUGUAGCCAGGUCGGGGUCAGGGGUCAGACAGACAGUUGACACCCAGAGUCACAGCUCCUCCUUCAGCCACGGUCCUCCGCCUCCUUCCUCAUCCAGCUCCUCCUACCGCUCCUUCUCCUCCAACUCCUCCUACCGCCCCUCCUCUCGUCCAGCUGAUGAUGAUGAUGAUGAUUCUCUCCCCCAGAGGACCAGUAAACCUCCCAUGAAGACUUACGCCGCCCGCCCACGCAUCGGCUUGAAGCUCAAGAUCAAACAGGAAGCGGGGUUUAGUAAGGUGGUACACAACACCGCCCUCGACACACCAUCCACACCCCAGCCUCAAGCCCAGCCACACCCCAUCACCCAGCCACACCCCACCACCCAGCCACACCCCACCACCCAGCCACACCCCACCACCCAGCCACACCCCACCACCCAGCCACAAUCAGCACUGACGCACCCAAAAGCCCGAGCUGUAGCAGCACUAGUCACUCCUCCUUCUAUAACUACUGUCAUUAGGACUCCACCCCCUACCUGUAAUGCCACUUCCUCGGCAACGGUCUCCAUAGAAACCACACAGGCGACCCCCAGCCCCCUCCAGAGAGUCACAGCCCCGCCACCCCCCUCCUCCUAUCACCCUUGGUCUUCAUCAUCAACGACAACACCAUCCUCAUCCUCUUUCACUGCUCAAAUUAACGGAACGUUAGAACAUCACAAUGUGGGUGGAGUCGAGCGUAACCCCGCCUCCACGGUCACUCCUCCUCAGACCACUUGCCGUCUACCGCUACGGAAGACUUACCGGGAGAACAUCAGCCCGCGCGUCCGACCGGGGGUACCGGGAGGAGGAGGAGACAGUGUCCCGUACCCCCGUCCCUCCCCCUCACCCCCCAAAUCUCCCCUCCCACCCUCCUCACCCUCUGCCCUCUCGGAGCGGACAGUGAUCGCCAACGUGAAGUUGGAGAAGAGAGGAGGCAGCUCCAGGGAGGUGGGCUCCCACGCCCACACAGAGCCCAGCCGAGAGGCACCGAGGCUGGGGAACUCCACCUCCUCCUCCCCUGGCUUAGGUCUGGAGGUGUUGUACCGCGGCAUCAAAAACACAAACACCCACCCUCACCUCUCAGGCAGAACCAGAGACGGUGAGGGGGAGCAGGGGGACAGAGGGGGGGACAGAGGAGCGGACAGAGGGGCGGACAGAGGAGCGGACAGAGGGGGGGACAGAGGAGCGGACAGAGGAGCGGACAGAGGGGGGGACAGAGGGGGGGACAUGGGGAGGUGUAAAAGGGUGAGCAGUAAAAACCAUCAGAGGUCAGGGAGCGGAACGUUCAGAAUGGACCAGCAUGCCCCUGGGCCCCCGUCCACGCCGCCAGAUGCUUCCUGUUACAGAGACUCAUCACUUCCUGCUAAGCGCUGUAAGUCGGACUCCCCUGACAUGGACAACGCCUCCUUCUCCUCCGGUUCCCCGCCACACGAUGAGUCUCUUAACGAGCACCUGCAGUGUGCUAUCGACUCCAUCCUCAACCUGCAGGGCCAGGUCCAGGGGCCCCCGCCGCGCGGGGCUAAAGGAGGCCCCGCCAGGCCACAGCGCGCCACAGGCCCCCAGUCCUCCUCAAACACACACAGACCCUCCUCCUCUUCCUCAUCCUCCUCCUCUUCUCAGGUUGGAGGCAGAGGACGCAAUGGCGGCCUGGUGCCACAGACUCAAGGCAGAUAACACACACACACACACACACACACACACACACACACACGGGACAGUAGAGACUGAAGAGGAGGAGAGGCGGACAGAGAAGUCUCGCUGUGUUUUAAUGAACUGUUUGUCCAUCUGAAUGUUGUCUACUUUACAACAUGACCCAAUGCUCACAGUCUCUCCAUGGAUGAGUGGAUGAUGACUCUCUCUCGCUCUCUCGCUCUCCCUCUCUCUCUCUCUCUCUCUCUCUCUCUCUCUCUCUCUGUGUAAAAAGGUAUCGUGUUUUACUCUGGAAGUCUCCUCUGCUCUCUCUCAACCACGCUCAAUCAUUCAUUAGAAUAAUUAGUCUUGAGGUUUUUCAUUCACACGCUGUAUUCCAUUACAUUCCUUAGUUCAUCAUGGUCUGUCUGUCUGUCUGUCUGUCUGUCUGUCUGUCUGUCUGUCUGUCUCUGUCUGUCUCUGUCUGUCUCUGUCUGUCUCUGUCUGUCUGUCUCUGUCUGUCUCUGUCUGUCUCCUGGUGCAGAAAUAACACCGUGGUCAUGUUCACUAGGUGAAACGGGUGAAAAAGAAUCUGAAACUACACAAUCUAGUCCAAUAAGAACACAGAUUUGGUUUUUCUGUUGCAAACGGUUUUACUGCGGUGUGCCUGCUGUCACUAGGUAACCCACACCAGGAAGAGAGGUCUGGUUUAGAAUGCCCUACAGCCUGCUGUCACUAGGUAACCCACACCAGGAAGAGAGAGGUCUGGUUUAUAACGCCCUACAGCCUGCUGUCACUAGGUAACCCACACCAGGAAGAGAGAGGUCUGGUUUAUAACGCCCUACAGCCUGCUGUCACUAGGUAACCCACACCAGGAAGAGAGGUCUGGUUUAGAAUGCCCUACAGCCUGCUGUCACUAGGUAACCCACACCAGGAAGAGAGAGGUCUGGUUUAUAACGCCCUACAGCCUGCUGUCAAUAGGUACCCCACACCAGGAAGAGAGAGGUCUGGUUUAGAAUGCCCUACAGCCUGCUGUCACUAGGUAACCCACACCAGGAAGAGAGAGGUCUGGUUUAGAAUGCCCUACAGCCUGCUGUCACUAGGUAACCCACACCAGGAAGAGAGAGGUCUGGUUUAGAAUGCCCUACAGCCUGCUGUCACUAGGUACCCCACACCAGGAAGAGAGGUCUGGUUUAUAACACCCUACAGCCUGCUGUCACUAGGUAACCCACACCAGGAAGAGAGGUCUGGUUUAGAAUGCCCUACAGCCUGCUGUCACUAGGUAACCCACACCAGGAAGAGAGAGGUCUGGUUUAUAACGCCCUACAGCCUGCUGUCACUAGGUAACCCACACCAGGAAGAGAGGUCUGGUUUAGAAUGCCCUACAGCCUGCUGUCACUAGGUAACCCACACCAGGAAGGGAGAGGUCUGGUUUAUAACGCCCUACAGCCUGCUGUCACUAGGUAACCCACACCAGGAAGAGAGAGGUCUGGUUUAUAACGCCCUACAGCCUGCUGUCACUAGGUAACCCACACCAGGAAGAGAGAGGUCUGGUUUAGAAUGCCCUACAGCCUGCUGUCACUAGGUAACCCACACCAGGAAGAGAGAGGUCUGGUUUAGAACGCCCUACAGCCUGCUGUCACUAGGUAACCCACACCAGGAAGGGAGAGGUCUGGUUUAUAACGCCCUACAGCCUGCUGUCACUAGGUAACCCACACCAGGAAGAGAGAGGUCUGGUUUAUAACGCCCUACAGCCUGCUGUCACUAGGUACCCCACACCAGGAAGAGAGAGGUCUGGUUUAGAACGCCCUACAGCCUGCUGUCACUAGGUAACCCACACCAGGAAGAGAGAGGUCUGGUUUAUAACGCUCUACAGCCUGCUGUCACUAGGUAACCCACACCAGGAAGAGAGAGGUCUGGUUUAGAAUGCCCUACAGCCUGCUGUCACUAGGAAACCCACACCAGGAAGAGAGAGGUCUGGUUUAUAACGCCCUACAGCCUGCUGUCAAUAGGUAACCCACACCAGGAAGAGAGAGGUCUGGUUUAGAAUGCCCUACAGCCUGCUGUCACUAGGAAACCCACACCAGGAAGAGAGAGGUCUGGUUUAUAACGCCCUACAGCCUGCUGUCACUAGGUACCCCACACCAGGAAGAGAGAGGUCUGGUUUAGAACGCCCUACAGCCUGCUGUCACUAGGAAACCCACACCAGGAAGAGAGAGGUUUGGUUUAGAACGCCCUACAGCCUGCUGUCACUAGGAAACCCACACCAGGAAGGGAGAGGUCUGGUUUAUAACGCCCUACAGCCUGCUGUCACUAGGUAACCCACUGUCCUCUUCUCCUGUUGUCCAUGUGUCCCCCAGGUCAACUGUCCUCUUCUCCUGUUGUCCAUGUGUCCCCCAGGUUAACUGUCCUCUUCUCCUGUUGUCCAUGUGUCCCCCAGGUCAACUGUCCUCUUUACUCUGUUGUCCAUCAUCAUAUUCAUGGUGUAUCACUGGUUUUAAUAGUGAGGUGACUGCUCUCUGACUGACUGUUGUGGGUUGACUGUUGUGGCUGCUCUCUGACUGACUUGUGGGUUGACUGUUGUGGGUUUACUUGUGGGUUAAUCUCUGACUGACUGCUGUGGGUUGACUGCUGUGGUUUGACUGCUGUGGUUUGACUGCUGUGGGUUGACUGCUGUGGGUUGACUGUUGUGGGUUGACUGUUGUGGGUUGACUGCUGUGGGUUGACUGCUGUGGGUUGACUGUUGUGGGUUGCUCUCUGACUGUUGUGGGUUGACUGUUGUGGGUUGCUCUCUGACUGACUUGUGGGUUGACUGUUGUGGCUGCUCUCUGACUGACUGUUGUGGGUUGACUGUUGUGGGUUGACUGUUGUGGGUUGACUGUUGUGGGUUGCUCUCUUACUGACUGUUGUGGGUUGACUGUUGUGGCUGCUCUCUGACUGACUGUUGUGGGUUGACUGUUGUGGGUUGACUGUUGUGGGUUGCUCUCGGUCUCUAAUGGAACCACAUUACUGUAUUGUUGAGGUGUUAAUGAAAUCGCCUGUAUGGUAAAACACAUCUCUUCUGUUGUGAAUGUCUCUGGUUGUCCUGGCAACUGGUCUUUCUGACCGGUUCAAUAUGUUUGAUGCAUUUCAGUCAACACACAGACGGCCACCCUUACCCCCCCCCCCCCCAUCACUGUCCAUCCAUCCCUCUCUUCCUCCAUGUCAUCCCUCUCUUCCUCCAUGUCAUCCCUCUCUUCCUCCAUGUCAUCCCUCUCUUCCUCCAUGUCAUCCCUCUCUUCCUCCAUGUCAUCCCUCUCUUCCUCCAUGUCAUCCCUCUCUUCCUCCAUGUCAUCCCUCUCUUCCUCCAUGUCAUCCCUCUUCAAAGCCCAGUGGAGAAGUCAAACCCAAACGCAGCGAGAGCAACAACAACAUGGACAAACAAACUAAUGUACAACAAAACCUGAAGAGAAUUGGUAGUAUAUUAUUACAGAUUAAUUUUGUAUUGUAUUUAUUGUGUAUAAUGACACUUUUUAAAAAAUAAAUGUACAUUUGGUAAAACUGUAAAU